AUGGAUUCUUCAAAGCAAAUUAUACAACUUUUGCAAAAACAUGCUGAGGGCUAUUUUAAAAGUGCAAAAUGUCUUGGAUAUUGUUCAAAUAAAUGGUGUUACGAAUGUGGUCUUUUAUCAAAAAAUGAAGCAUUCAACAAAAGAAAUCAUGAAUAUUAG